CUUCAAAACCAUUUUGAACCUGCUUUUAUGGCUGAAGGUGACUUUUUACUUGGAGGCAUUUUUCCUCUUCAUUAUAACCAAGAGAUGCCAGACAUGAAUGUUACAUACCGACCACCACCAGUCAAGUGCAAUGGCUUUGAUCCCAGGGCAUUCCGGUGGGCACUGACUAUGAUACUGACUGUGGAUGAGAUCAACCAAAACAAAGAGCUGUUGCCCAAUCACACUCUGGGGUACAAAAUCUUUGACUCAUGUGCCUAUCCUCUGACAGGGCAAAGAGCAGCUCUCGCAGUCCUUAACGGGGUCACAGAGGAGGGCUAUGGCUUGUGCAGUGGUGCUUCCCCACUCUUGGCUGUCAUUGGGGAGUCUGGAUCUGCUCAGUCCAUAGUUGUAUCCAGAAUACUUAGACCCUUUAGGAUUCCAAUGAUCAGUUAUUUCUCAUCAUGUGCAUGUUUUACUGACAGACGAAAAUACCCCACUUUUUUCAGAGUGAUUCCAAAUGAUGACUAUCAGGUGAAGGCCAUAGCCCAGCUUCUUGUACGUUUUAACUGGACUUGGAUUGGUCUGAUCCGAGGGGAUCAUGAGUAUGGACGCUUUGCAGUUCAGGGUUUAUUGAGAGAGCUCCAGGGCACUAAAGUGUGUGUGGCAUACACAGAGAUGAUCCCUUUACUCUACAACCAACAAAGGGCUCUAGAAAUCAUGCAGGUGAUGCGCACUUCUCGGGCCAAAGUUGUGGUAGUAUUUUCAGCAGAGGGGGAGAUGACACCCUUCCUAAGGGACUACAUGGAGCAGAACAUCACUGGGAUCCAGUGGGUGGCCAGCGAGGCCUGGGUCACAGCAUCUGUCUUCUCAGGGAGCAUCUACUAUCCUUACCUGGGAGGCACCAUUGGCUUUGGGAUCAGAACAGGCUACAUCCCAGGACUCAGUGACUUUUUACAAAAAGUAACCCCAUAUGUUUACCCCAGUAAUCCACUGGUGCACGAGCUGUGGGAUGCUUUGUACAGCUGUGCUCCUAUCUUUUCCUCUGACACAAACCUGCCUCCCUGCUCAGGAGAUGAGGUGUUGCUGGAGAGGCAUGCAGCGUACAUGAACACAUCAAGUCCUCGAGUGGCAUACAAUGUGUACAAGGCUGUGUAUGCAGUCGCCCAUUCUCUACACAACCUGUUUCUCUGUCAACCCGGAGCAGGGCCUUUUGAAAACAACUCCUGUGUUCAGAACAACAAUGUUCAUCCCUGGCAGGAAGUAGAAUUUACUAUCAAUGGAGAAAAGGUGAACUUUGACCUAAAGGGUGACUCCGUACCCUACUAUGACAUCAUCAACUGGCAGAGAGGCACCAGUGGAAAUAUAGAGUUUGUCCAAGUUGGCCUGUUUGAUGGGACCAAAGCUGCAGGACAGGAGCUGGUCAUCAAGGAGGACAGGAUUGUGUGGGCUGGUCAUCAGAGCAAGGUGCCAGUAUCUGUGUGCAGUGACAGCUGUUCUCCAGGAUCCAGGAAAGCUGUCCGUCGUGGGGAACUUGUUUGCUGCUUUGACUGUGUACCAUGUGACAGCGGCAAAAUUAGCAAUGAGACAGAUUCAAUAGAAUGCAGAGAAUGCCCUGAUGACUUCUGGUCCAACCCAGAUAGAACAGCCUGCAUUCCUAAAGAGGUGGAGUUUUUGGCCUAUGACACAGUGGGCAUAGUGCUGACAGUCAUCUCUGUAGUGGGCGCAUGUCUCACAAUCGCAGUCCUCAUCAUCUUCUUCUACCACAGAAACACUCCAAUUGUCCGAAUGAACAACUCUGAGCUGAGCUUCUUCAUUCUCCUCUCCCUCACUCUAUGUUUCCUCUUCUUGAUUUUCAUUGGUGAGCCCACAGCCUGGUCCUGCAUGCUGCGCCACACAGCCUUUAGCAUUACAUUUUCUUUAUGUAUCUCGUGUAUUCUUGGGAAAACCCUGGUGGUGCUAGCUGCCUUUACUGCUACAAAACCAGGCAAUAAUUUAAUGAAAUGGUUAGGGCCCAAACAGCAAAGAGUCAUUAUAUUUAUCUCCACUUUAGUCCAGGUGGUGAUUUGUGUAGCCUGGCUCAUUGAUGCACCCCCUCAUCCAUUCAGAAACAUGGAAUAUGAAAAAUCAAAGAUAAUACUUGAAUGUAACAAUGGUUCCAAUCUGGCCUUUUGGUGCGUGUUAGGAUAUAUUGGUCUGCAGGCCGGUCUUUGCUUCCUGUUGGCUUUCCUUGCUAGGAAAUUACCAGGGAAUUUUAAUGAAGCCAAGUUCAUCACAUUCAGCAUCUUGAUCUUCUGUGCAGUGUGGCUAGCAUUCAUCCCAGCGUACAUCAGUUCUCCGGGGAACUAUGCUGAUGCAGUGGAAUCUUUUGCAAUCCUGGCUUCAAGUUUAGGCCUAUUGUUCUGUUUGUUUGUGCCAAAGUGUUACAUUAUAUUGCUGAAACCAGAGAAGAAUACUAAACAGCAUCUGAUUGGAAAAGACAGGAAGUGA